AUGAAGCUGGAAAGGCGCUACUCGUAUAUUGCUCUCGGUGCUGUGAUUGGUGAGUCAUGGGCCUGUCAGUUCUGCCCGCUCCUCAAGUUCAGCGGCAUCCUGCAGAAGCUUGCAUGCUUGACGGUCGCUGGGAACACAUGGUUGCGCGGCUCGAGUUUCAAGCGCUCUGCUUCGAGCGACGACGACAACGAAAAUGGCGAUGGAGACACACGGCCUUCGUCCUCGCGGCGCAACACCGCCGUGAAGCGCGCCUGCAAUGAAUGUCGCCAGCAGAAGCUCAAGUGCAAUGUCCAGCAAGACCCCUUCGUAAGCUGCAACCGAUGUCUCAAGCAGAACCUCCGAUGCGUCAUCGAACCCAACUUCAAGCGCGUCGGCAAGCGCAAUCGCAAUGCCGAAAUGGAGAAGGAGAUGGAAUAUCUGAGGGAGCGCCUGGCCAUAUACGAAGGAUCGCAAGCGCUCUCGGGCCAGCCGACCUUGAACGCUCCGCACCCGCCGCGCGACAGCAAUACCUUCAGCACCGGUAUCACGCCCAAGGUAGAGGACGAGGCCUUUCUCCAGACACAGCACCAGCAGGUGGCAGCAACCUCAUUAUUAGACCUCAGGAGCGGAUCGCCCAUGUUCUAUCCGCUGGGAUCAGGCGAGAACCAUGUUCGCCUCAGCCACAGCGAAGUCAACGAGCUCUUCACCGAGUACUUUCAGCUAUACCAUCCCUUCCUGCCCUUCCUGGACCAAGUGCGCUCUCCGGACGAGUAUCAUUCGCAGGACCACAAACUCCUGUUCUGGGCGAUCAUUAGUGUUGCCGCUCGUCGCUAUGGGGGCCGACCCGGCCUCCUGAAGGACCUCGCGAAGCCACUCACAGACCUCAUCUGGGACUCCAUCCGGAAUCAGCCAAAUCACCACGUUGUGAAGGCGCUCUGCCUGCUCUGUACCUGGCCAAUCCCUGCGGAACGAACUGUUACGGAUCCUACCUUCAUACUAUGCGGCGCCAUGAUGCAGGUCGCCAUGCAGAUUGGGCUGCAUCAGCCGACACAUGCGCAAGACUUUGCUAGGACCAAGGUUCGAUUACGGCAAGAAGACAUCAACGACCGACUGCGGACCUGGGCGGUCUGCAAUACCGUAGCCCAGACUGUCUCCACAGGGAAUGGCCAGCCUUCGAUAACGCUCUAUAACUCGACUCUCGAGUUUAAGACAGAGGACGAAAACGAUAUGCUGAUCUUGCCACCAACCUUGUUUGUCCGACUACGGCAGGAGAGGGCAGCAGACCGCAUAGGCAGACAUCUUUUUUCCACGCACAAAAACUGGACCGAGGACGCAGCGAUUAUCUAUCUGAACAUGGAGGCCGAGCGACUGAAAGCUGAACGCAUUGCCGUGGACGGAGUGGAUAUUGAUCUCGAAGAACUCUAUCACUGCGCGGUCGCGCUGCACAUGCACCUCUACUCAUUCUUCAUUAAGGACCUCCGUUUAGAACGGCGCGAAGACCUGGUUGCGCUUUACUUUGCGGCCACUGGCUUCCUUGACCGUGUGUUCAAGCUCAAUCGUGAUAACAAGCUUCUCUUCGUUCCAUACUACAUUAUGCAGAUGUCGCUCGCUGGUGGAUUUGCUCUGCUGAAGAUUCUCAAUUCCGACUUUGCCAGCCGACUCCCUCCGGACAAAGUCGAAGUGCUGCGGAAAGCCAAGGUGUGGCCCAACGAUCUCUUGGACCGCUUCGCCGAGGUUCUAGCUCAGCUGUGGAAAGAGAGCUCGCGAGGACGGAGCCUGCAUAGCAUGUCGCAGUCGCCCUCUGUCAGCAACGCUGGCAUGACGCUGAACUACCAAAUGCAACAAGCGCAGCAAUCGCCCGUCCAGCAACACAGCCAACAUCAGCGACGAAGCAGCGCAGGCCUAGCCGACGACCCGCUCGGCCUCAUAGUCCGGAGCCGAAAGAGCAUGAGCGUAGUCUUCGACUGCGUGUGGCGCUGGCGGGAAGCCCAAGUCAGCGGUGCCGCAGACCAGCUCGACAGCACCGUCAUGACGAAUCCCACAAACCCGGAUUCAUCCUCCAACUCGACGCCUCCGCCAGACGCGAUUGUAGAGAACCCGGCUCAUAGUCUGCCCAAUUUCAACCCGCAUCUCAAUACGCUUAGUAUGCCGCUCACAGCUUCCUCAGGGUCUGGCGAGCGCGAACAGUUUUGA